AUGGGGAGCUUGAAGCAAGAGGGAAUGAGCCCUGGGAGCCUGGGACCUGCUCAGGAUUUGGUGACAUUCAAGGAUGUGGCUGUGGACUUCACCCAGGAGGAGUGGGGCCUCUUGGACCCUUCUCAGAAGAAGUUGUAUAAGGAGGUCAUGUUGGAGAAUGUCCAGAACCUGCUUUUCCUAGGAUUUCCAGUUACCAAAGAAGAUGUGAUCUCUUAUUUUAAGCAAAAGGAAGAACCCUGGGUGCUAGAUCAAGAAUGCCUGAGGAGCUUCCCUCCAGAAAAUGAGAUCAGACUCAAAACGAAGGUAAAUACUCACAAACAAAAUUUCACUAGGAGAGAAAUUUGUGCUACACGUAAGAAAAUCCACAUUGGAGAAAAACCUUAUGAAUAUUGUAAGCUGGCCCGGGGAGGUCCACCUGCAACAAUAGUAGCCAUCGAUGAAGAAAGUAAAAAUGGUACAAUCAUCGUGGACAACAUGCUCAUCAAAGGGACAGCUGGGGGCCCCAAUCCUACCAUUGAGCUUUCGUUAAAGGACAAUACGGAUUACUGGGUGAUGUUGGAUCCAGUCAAACAGAUGCUCUUCCUAAACAGCACCGGCAGAGUCCUGGACAGAGAUCCACCAAUGAAUAUCCAUUCCAUUGUGGUGAAGGUCCAGUGUGUCAACAAAAAAGUGGGGACCGUUAUUUACCAUGAAGUUCGAAUUGUGGUGAGAGACAGAAAUGACAACUCUCCUACUUUCAAGCAUGAGAGCUACUAUGCUACCGUGAACGAGCUGACACCAGUAGGAACCACCAUAUUCACAGGGUUUUCUGGAGAUAAUGGAGCCACAGACAUAGACGAUGGUCCCAAUGGACAGAUUGAAUAUGUCAUCCAGUACAAUCCAGAUGAUCCGACCUCCAAUGACACUUUUGAGAUUCCUCUCACGUUGACUGGAACUGUUGUAUUGAGGAAGAGACUUAAUUAUGAAGAUAAGACCCGUUAUUAUGUCAUCGUUCAAGCUAAUGACCGAGCUCAAAACCUUAAUGAACGGAGAACAAGUACUACCACGCUCACAAUAGAUGUCCUUGAUGGAGAUGAUCUGGGGCCAAUGUUUCUUCCUUGUGUCCUAGUGCCCAAUACUCGAGACUGCCGCCCUCUCACCUACCAAGCAGCUAUUCCAGAACUGAGAACACCGGAAGAACUGAACCCCAUCAUUGUUACUCCCCCAAUCCAAGCCAUUGAUCAGGACCGGGACAUCCAGCCACCUUCUGAUCGACCUGGGAUCCUCUAUUCCAUCCUUGUGGGGACUCCUGAAGAUUAUCCUCAGUAUUUCCAUAUGCAUCCAAGGACUGCAGAGCUCAGCCUCCUGCAGCCUGUAAACAGGGAUUUCUACCAGAAAUUUGAUUUGGUGAUUAAGGCAGAACAAGAUAAUGGUCAUCCUCUCCCUGCAUUUGCUAGCCUUCAUAUUGAAAUCUUGGAUGAAAACAACCAGAGUCCUUACUUCACAAUGCCAAGUUAUCAAGGCUAUAUCCUGGAGUCUGCCCCUGUUGGUGCAACUAUCUCGGACAGUCUCAACUUGACCACCCCUCUCGGAAUCGUUGUCUUGGACAAGGAUGUAGAGGAUACAAAAGACCCCGAGGUCCAUCUUUUUCUGAAUGACUACACCUCAGUCUUCACUGUGACUCCAUCUGGUAUAACACGCUACCUCACCUUGCUUCAGCCCGUGGACAGGGAAGAACAGCAGUACUACACUUUCUCGAUAACUGCAUUUGAUGGUGUCCAAGAAAGCAGCCCUGUUACAGUCAACAUCAAGGUGAUUGAUGCCAAUGAUAACACUCCAACCUUCCCUGCCAUCUCCUACGAUGUCUAUGUUUACACAGACAUGAGCCCUGGGGACAGCGUCAUACAGCUCACUGCUGUAGAUGCAGACGAAGGGCCAAAUGGAGAGAUCUCAUACCAGAUCCUCGUCGGGGAUCAGGGAGACUUCGUCAUCAAUAAAACCACAGGUCUUAUUACUAUCGCACCAGGAGUAGAAUUAACAGUGGGCCGGACCUAUGCCCUCACCGUACAAGCAGCUGACAACGCCCCCCCUGCAGAAAGAAGGGAUUCUAUUUGCACUGUCUAUAUUGAAGUACUUCCACCAAACAACCAGAGUCCUCCCCGCUUCCCACAGCUGAUGUAUAGCCUUGAAGUCAGUGAAGCCAUGAGGAUUGGGGCAGUUUUAUUGAAUCUCCAGGCAACCGAUCGAGAGCAUGAUCCGAUAACAUACGCUAUCGAGAAUGGAGAUCCUCAACGAGUUUUCAACCUUUCAGAAACUACUGGAAUUCUUACCUUGGGAAAAGCAUUGGACAGAGAAAGCACAGACCGCUACAUUUUGAUAGUCACUGCUUCUGAUGGCAGACCAGAUGGGACUUCAACAGCCACCGUGAACAUUGUGGUGACAGAUGUAAAUGACAAUGCUCCAACUUUUGAUCCAUACCUGCCAAGAAAUUUAUCUGUGGUUGAAGAAGAAGCCAAUGCUUUUGUUGGACAAGUCAGGGCCACAGAUCCAGAUGCUGGCAUAAAUGGUCAAGUACACUAUAGUCUGGGAAAUUUCAACAAUCUUUUUUGGAUCACUUCAAAUGGAACUAUUUACACAAGAGUUAAACUUAACCGAGAAGUAAGAGACUACUAUGAACUCGUUGUGAUCGCAACAGACGGAGCUGUGCAUCCCCGGCAUUCGACCUUGACCCUGGCAAUAAGGGUCCUGGAUAUUGAUGACAAUAGUCCUGUUUUCACAAACUCUACCUACACAGUUGUUGUUGAAGAGAAUCUCCCAGCAGGAACCAUCUUCCUCCAAAUAGAAGCAACCGAUGUUGACCUUGGUGCCAAUGUUUCCUACCGGAUUCGAAGCCCGGAAGUAAAACAUUUAUUUGCCCUUCACCCUUUCACCGGAGAACUGUCCCUUUUGAAGAGUUUGGAUUAUGAGUCCUUUCCAGAGAACGAAGCCUAUAUCACUUUUCUUGUGGAGGCUUUUGAUAUAGGAGGAACCAUGCCCCCAGGCAUUGCCACUGUCACAGUGAUCGUGAAGGAUAUGAACGAUUAUCCUCCCGUGUUUUCCAAACGUCUUUACAAAGGGAUGGUUGCUCCAGAUGCAGUCAAGGGCACGCUGAUCACUACUGUUUUUGCUGAAGAUGCGGAUCCUCCAGGGUUACCAGCAAGCCAUGUGCGGUACCGAGUGGAAGACAAACAAUAUCCUUACCCAGCAAGCAUAUUUGACAUAGAAGAAUAUUCAGGACGUGUUAUCACUCGUGUGAAUCUCAAUGAAGAACCCAGUACGAUAUUUAAGCUGGAGGUUGUUGCUUUUGAUGAUGGGGAACCUGUGAUGUCUGGAAGUGCCACAGUGAAAAUCCUCGUCUUACAUCCUGGAGAAAUCCCACGCUUCACACAAGAAGAAUAUAGACCACCUCCAGUAAGCGAACUUGCACCGAUAGGGACUCCAGUUGGUGUUAUCAAUGCAGCGGCCAUCAAUCAGAGUAUCGUAUAUUCUAUUGUUUCAGGAAAUGAAGAUGAUCAUUUUGGUAUUAAUAAUGUCACGGGCGUGAUCUACGUCAAGUCACUUCUUGACUAUGAAACAAAGACGAGCUAUGUACUCCGAGUCCAAGCCGAUUCCUUGGAAGUGGUUCUGGCCAACCUGCGAGUCCCUUCUAAAAGCAAUUCAGCCAAAGUGUACAUUGAAGUUCAGGAUGAGAAUGAUCAUGCUCCGGUCUUUCAGAAAAGGUUAUACAUUGGGGGAGUGUCUGAAGAAGCACUGAUGUUUUCAUCUGUCCUCAGAGUGAAGGCAACUGAUAAAGACACUGGUAAUUAUAGCGCCAUGGCAUACAGACUUAUCAUACCUCCAAUUAAAGAGGGAAAAGAAGGAUUUGUUGUGGAAACAUAUACAGGUCUAAUAAAAACUGCCAUGCUGUUCAAAAACAUGAGAAGGUCCUAUUUCAAGUUCCAGGUCGUUGCAACAGAUGAUUAUGGAAAGGGGUUAAGUGGCAAAGCCAACGUCCUGGUGUCUGUGGUCAAUCAGCUGGAUAUGCAAGUCAUCGUCUCCAAUGUGCCUCCAACUCUCGUGGAGCAGAACAUCGAAGAACUGACAGAGAUUUUGGAUCGCUAUGUGCAAGAACAGAUUCCUGGUGCCAAAGUUGUGGUGGAAUCCAUUGGAGCCCGAAGGUUUGGAGAAGCUUAUUCUCAAGAAGACUAUACUAAGUCUGACCUGGUUGUCUAUGCAAUUGACCCCCAGACCAACAGAGCAAUCAGCAGGAAUGAACUUUUUAAGUUCCUAGAUGGGAAACUGCUCGAUAUUAAUAAAGACUUUCAGCCAUAUUAUGGUGAAGGAGGACGAAUUUUAGAAAUCCGCACCCCAGAUGCAGUGGCGUUGGUUAAGAAGCAUGGACAGUCUUUUGGCUACACUGAAGGGGCACUGCUUGCAUUAGCCAUGAUUAUCAUCCUCUGCUGUAUUCCUGCCAUCUUGGUCGUGUUGGUCAGCUACAGACAGUUCAAAGUACGACAAGAAGAAUGCACCAAGACAGCUAAGAUGCAGGCCUUGGCGGCACCCAAGCCAGCAGCCCCAGCACCACCAGCACCAGCAGCAGCAGCAGCGCCUCCCCCACCACCACCACCACCUCCCCCAGGGGGUCCCCAUCUCUACGAGGAGUUGGGUGGAAGUGCAAUGUAUGAAAUGCCCCAGUAUGGAAGUCGUCGCCGGUUGCUGCCACCUGCUGGUGAGGAGUAUGGUGAAGUGGCAGGAGAAGCUGAGGAAGACUAUUAUCCGGAGGAGGAGGAAAGGCCAAAGAAACCAGAAAUUAGAGAGCCUCCUAUGGAGGCAGAGCUGGAGGUCCCUGUGAUCAUUGAGGGACCUUCAGCAGCUGAGACUGCCCGCGUCACAUGGAAGAAAGCUAAGAUAUUCCCCAUGAUAUUUAAGAAAGUCCGAGAGUUGGCAGAAGAUGAAGAAUGGCGGAGGGGUCUCGGAGUAGAAGACAGAGACUACCUGACCCUGACCUUGGAGGAGGAAGCCACGGAGAGCACGGUAGAAUCGGAAGAGUCCAGCGAGGAAUCCAGCGAGUACAGUGACUACAGUGAUGAGUCCGAGUGGAGCACUUAUGAGAGCACGACUUCCGAAGAGGAAUCCGAGUCUGAAACCCCCUCAGAAGUGGAGGAAAGCUCCACGCCUGAGUCUGGGGAGUCAGAAUCCACAGAAUCCGAAGGAGAAAAGGCCAGGAAGAACAUCGUGGUUGGCCGCAGGAUUGUGCCUCCAGAGGAGCUUCUCAAGAAGCCCAAGAAGCGAAGGAAGACUUCGUCAUCGGAAGAAGAAUCGGAAGAAGAGACGAAAGUGGAAGAAGAAGUGGCAGCAUCAGCUGAAGGAGAAGAAGCUGAGCCGGCCAUUGCUGAAGAGGUCACCGAUAUAGAAGCUCGGGAGAGGGCUGCGGAGGAGGCCAGUAAGGGAUCAACGGAAGGAAGCAAGGCCGACGAGUCAGAAUCCAUCAGUAGUAAGAGUAGCAGCGAAGGCCAGAUGGGGGCAGAAGGCUAUGUCACGCCCAAUCCACCAGGGAAGCCCAGGAUACAGAGGCCCUCCGCAGCAGCUGAAGGGGCCCCCACUGAGGGAGCUGAGGGGUCUCCGGCUGAGGGAGCUGAGGGAGCUGAGGCCUCCUCAGCAAAAGGCAAAGAAGCCGAAGGUUACAACACAGCGUUGUAA